UUCCUGGCAGUAGAGUUAAUGUCAAUGUAGCUUAAGUGCACAGAGGUAUGUUUGUGGUUCGUGAGGCUUAGCUGGCAUGUACAAUUGGUGGCAUGGAGGGAGAAUUGUCUUAUUGGAGCAAACGAAGGAGAAUUAAGCAGCAGGUUUCAGUUCAUUUAGAAUAUUUGCGUGAAGCAAGAGACAAACAAGAUGUUGAACGACCAGCACAUGCAGAUUAUAGUGGUUCUGACCGACAGAAUACUACUGAGAAUUCCACAGUUUGUCAUGUUAGUGAAAUACAUCAGAAAAUUUCUGGGCCAGAUUGUGAAGAUGAUGAACAGGGUCAAUAAGGAGUAAGCUGUUAUGAACAGCAUCAUUAUGAUUUGCCCUGUCAACAACCGUGUUCAUCUGGAAGUGAUUCUGAUGUUACAGAUUCAGCUUUUGAAAUUUCAGGUCAUGAUGAUUAUUUACGUAAUGUCAUCCAAGCUUGCUAAAUAGGCUGUUGAUUUUAAAAUCUCACACAGUGCAAUCAAUAGUCUUUUGGAUAUAUUUUGUAAAUAUCAGCCUAGUCUUCCAAAGGAUGCAAGAACUCUGCUAAGUAUUCCAUGGUGCUAUGACAUUAAGCAGGUUGCAGGAGGAUCUUAUCAUUAUUUUGGUGUGGAAGCCUCACUUGUAAGAGUUUUGCCCCACAAGUUAACAACAAAAACACUGAAAGAUGAACACAUAGUACAAAAACACUGAAAGAUGAACACAUAGUACUUCAAAUUAAUGUAGAUGGUCUGCCUUUAUUUAAGAGCUCAAACAGCCAGUUUUGGCCCAUAUUAGCAAGAGUUAGUCAUCCAGUUGAGAAUGAACCAUUCAUCAUAGCAUUAUAUUGUGGUAGCCAUAUAAACCAGGAAAUAUUUCAGAAUAUCUACAGGAUUUUGUUACCGAAAUGAAAAUCACUGAGAAUGGCAUAGAAAUUGAUGGUAACAAAUUUCAAGUUCAGGUAUCAUCCUUUGUUUGUGAUGCACCAGCAAGAUCAUUUGUCAAACAAGUUAGAGAUCAUAAUUCAUACUGUGGCUGUGAAAAAUGCACCCAAAGAGGUGUGUGGAAGGGUAAAGUAACAUUUCCAUCCCUUAAUGCCUCACUCUGCACAGAUGAUGACUUCAAAAGCUUGGCUGAUGAAGAACACCACUGUGCAAGAUCACCUUUAUUAGAGCUUGGAAUUGGAAUGGUUAGCCAGUUUCCAUAUGAUUACAUGCACCUUGUUUGCUUAGGAGUAACAAGAAAGCUUAUUGGGCUGUGGAAAAGAGGACCUGUGGGAAAUAAGUGUAGAGUUGGAGGUAAUGUCAAACAAAAAAUAUCAGAGGACUUACUAAAGUGCAGGAAAUAUCUGCCCUCAGAAUUUCCCAGAAAAUGUAGGUCACUUGCAGAAGUAGAUAGAUGGAAAGCAACUGAAUACCGGCAGUUUCUGCUAUACAGUGGACCAAUUGUUUUAAAACACAAAUUGGCUGAUGACAAAUAUCAAAACUUUUUAGAUCUUUUUGUUGGCAUUUACUGUCUUGCAAGUCCAUUCUAUCACACUACACAUUCCCAAUAUGCCCAUGAAUUAUUGUGUACCUUUGUGCAAGACUUUGGCAGGAUAUAUGGUGCAGAUAUGUUAGUUUAUAAUGUUCAUGGGCUUUCACAUUUAGCUGGUGAUGUAGCAAACUUUGGUCCACUGGAUAGCUUCUCAGCCUUUCCAUUUGAAAAUUUCCUCGGAAAGUUGAAAGCCAAGUUGCGGAAACCUAACUUUCCUGUCCAACAAGUGAUCUGCAGACUUCAUGAGUCUUUUGUCAGCAGAAAUAAAAAAGCAUGUACAUAUAGAGGUUCCCAAGCACCUGCAUAAUAAUGGACCAUUACCAGGGAGUGAUGAUAAUUUUUAUCAGUUCAAGAAGGUCACUUACAAGAAACUGCAGUUCUCAAUAGAUUCUGGAGAUAACUGUGUGAAGGUGGGGUUAAAUAUAGGUCUGAUAAAAGAACAUUCUGGUUAGAAAGGAUGGAAGGCAAGUGAUGAUACUGUUUGAAUCUUUCACUAAUAUAUCCACUUUCUUUAUGAACCUACUAAGUUCAUCAGAUUUGGGUAUUUACAAGGUAUCACAUCUUAGAGGAAGGCUUGAUAUUGCUCCACUGUCAGAAAUCAUGUGCAAAUAUGUAAUGCUGCCUUAUAAUACUGAUGUCUUUGUUGUAAUUCCACUGAUUCACCAGUUUAAUAGACCAUGAAUGAUGCACAAGUUGGGGCUGUGGUACUGGAGAUGUAUGUCAGUGUCUACUUUUUUCUUUAUUUAUUUAGGGUUGCGUUUUGUUAUAAAAGGCACUUUUGUGUGUUUUUUUUUUUUUUUUUUUUUUUUUUUUACAACAGAUGGCUGAAAGAUUUCUUUUGGUAGAAUUCCUUAAGACAAAUGAUGUAGCUGUAAUCCCUUUAUCAUGGCUAGUUAGCAAAGAUGAAGCAGUGUGGCCUCCAUACCAUUCCUCAAUAGGAAUAGACACGGCUGUCCGCAACAGAAAUUCACCAAGUACAGAAUGGAUGAAGUAUUCUGUUAAAAUCAUGUAUGAAUCAGAACAGUGUGGCAUCCAGUCUGUUGGUUCAUCACCUGGGACUUGUGUGUGUCUUUGUCUGUUGUGUUCAUCAUCAGGCCGCCACCUCUCUAGCACGCAACACACUCACACAACCUCCACUGCUUUCAAAGGGCUUUACUAGUUUAAGUUACACAGGUUAUUAAGGGUGUUUAUACCCUGACGGUGACAGACUAACAAUAAUCCUACAUUAUUAUACUGAGAAAUAGUCGUGAGAACCAAUAACUUGUGUAGCCUUCAUAGAUAGACGCGGUGAGAGAAUAUGCUCUAUUCACCAUCGCUGAAAGUGGAGCCACUCCACCUCCAGUCUGCUGCACGCCUGUUUCCUGUCUAACUCUGUAACUUGAAUUAGAUACAUAUGAGAGAGCAAGAUUAAAGUUGACAACUGCUACAUAUCAUUCUGACCUGCAGACAGAAGAUUCUGAGGAUGAUGUCAGUAACUGUUGUUCAAAAAGGAGGAGGAGAUCUAGCAGAUACACUGACCAUGAAAGUUCUGAAGAGGACUGCUUUAGUAGUUCAAGAGCUAAGACAAAGGCUUCCAACAGCAACAGGGAUGUGGAUGUAAUAUCUGAAGGCCAGCGUGCAAGACCAGUUCCACCUAGACCAUCUGUACCGAACUGUAUUGUAUCACAGCCACCACAGCUACCACAGCCUGAAAGUCUAGAUGUAAACGCUCGAGAUGCAAGAAUUUUUAUGGUGUUGGAAGAAUUACACACUAUACUGCAUUCCCACUCCACCAAACUGAAUAUUAUCCUCUGACACCACAGUGUGCAGGAACAAGAUCAAGCAGUACCUGAGGGUAUUCACUUCUCAGUGAAGGAAAUCCAGAUAUGGAUGCCCUUGAAACCAAACUGAUGGAUCCUGACCUAGAGAAAAAAGUUAUUGCCAGUCUGUGUGUAAUAGGUGGAUCAGGCCUGCCAGACACAGUGAGGCGCAUUCUGCAACACACAGUGUCCAACUCCCUGGCCAUCCACUUCAAUUGAUGUGGCAAAGGAAUGAAACAGAGCUUUUGCACAAUGAAAUUGAAGGAUACUAUAAUUAAAAGUGUCCGCAAGAAUGCAGAGCACAAGAGUGCAGCAGCUGCCUCAAUUGAAAAAGUAAUGAAGGAGUGGUUUCGAACAGCCAGGGAUCGAGAUGGAGGCCGUCAGAGGAGAGAUCUUUCCCAGCUGCUCAUCCCUUGCAAGUGGUCGCCAUCGUCCGCAUCCGCGUGGGACACACAACACUCGCCGCACACUUGUACUGCCUACAUCUGUCUCCUGAUCCCAUCUGCCCUUGGUGUAGGACUAUCCUUGAGACCAUUGAGCAUUUCCUGCUCUACUGCCCACGCUUCCACCCCCACUGCACUGCAUUAUGUUCUUGGCUCUCUGCCCUGGGCAUCACAACACUCGACCUGCUUACCCUCCUGGCGGCCUCAGGUGUCCAUCCCUCCCGGCAAUCUGCUGUCCUUCGCCUUACCUGUGCCUUCUUGAGGAAGACCGGCCAGCUAUCGCGCCUGUGAUAUCCACACAGGACUACUCCAGGGCUCAUAAGGAUUUAAAGAUCUUCGCGGCCCUGACAACAACAACAACAACAACAUCCCUUUCAAGUCCUUAACAACAUAUUGCAGCAAUUAUAAGAAAUAAAGAUUUCAUGAGGGCCGACGUGUAUCCUGUGCCACUCAAACAAAGGCACACAUCCACACCUAUCACUCGAUCAUUUACCAAAGGAGGAACAGAGGUACUGUACUAUGCUGCAAAGUGAUAUAAAAAUAAACUUAAAUCCCUGUUAUUUUAUUUUAUUUUUUAAAAUUUUUUAUACCAUGUUUUGUGAGGUGUGUACCAGUAUCUCAUUGUUCAUGUUAGGAGAAUGGGAAAGAACGACUCCGAGGAGGGAAAGGUGUCACGUUUAGAGGGAAAUUCACAGUAUUGCCUUAUAAGCUAUCUACAUGGGGCUUCUUUCACCCGCCAAAAAAUGGAUAAAUAUAUAAAAAAAAUUCUAUCAAGUUAUUGAUUAUUUUUUGCCAGCUAUAGUGGGUGUUCCAAUUGCUAGUGAUCAGUAGUUUUAUCAGAUGAGGUAAACAAAAGUAUUGUGAGACUGGUGUAAGAUUAGAAAAAAAAGACUUUUUAUGUAGUGCUUUCACCUGUAUGGAGUAGCAAACACAAAGGUAAGCUUAGGUGUUGCACACACACUCUGCCUAUAUUUUUGAUGAAUGUUAAUUUCCAUGGGGUUUAACUGCCUUGAGUGUCUUUAGAGUAGAGAAGAUGUUAAAAA